AUGGGUUCCUUUUCUCCCCUGCCGGGUUGGGAAAACCUCAUCCGUUCCGAUUUUUGGUUCCUUGAUGGCAACAUCGUGCUCCUUGCAGGCAAUGCGGCAUUCAAAGUGCACCGAGGCCAACUCGAACGGCAAUCCGAAGUCUUCCGCGACCUAUUCUCGAUCCCCCAACCGGCAUCCAACCAGGACCUCAUCGAUGGAUGUAGCUGGGUCGAACUGCACGACCGGCCAGCGGACGUGUUCUAUUUCUUGUCAGCUUUGUAUGAUGGGUUAUAUUUCAAAAUUCCAAGGACCAAUGAUUUUGCGUGUGUAUCGGCUGUGUUGCGGUUAUCGACGAAGUACCUGGUUGAAGCGCUCCGAACACGGUGUUUGGCCCGAUUGGAAUUGGACUGGCCUACGACGUUGAGUGGGUGGGAUAUCAGGGAGCGAGAAGCGUUGGACGACAAAGGCCGCUACCUCCCUCGCGAAGUCUGCUGCCACCCUAUCCUUCUCAUGGAGCUCGCCAUCGAACUCGGCGCCCAACACCUUCUCCCCUCCGCAUUCUACGACCUAUCCCGCUACGGACCCAGCAAGAUCAUGGCAGGCACGACCUACCACGCUGUCGCCCUCGAUGUCGCAGCCUCGAAAACGCCCAUCGAAGCCUCCCGCGAACGGCCCGCGACACUCAACAAGGACAUGCUCGUGCGCACAUUCAAAGGGCGUGAGGCCGCGCAACGCUACGUCUCCGAUUUCGUCGCCAAGGAACUCGAGAACCGGCCACCAGCGCCCGACUGUGCGACGCGGAACGAGAAGGAGAACCCCUCCCGGAACUGUCUUGAGUCGUUCUACUUCAUUAUGCUCAACAUAUUGCGGUCUGUGGGCGGUAUCGCGUGUGGGCGGGAUGCGGACCCGCUGUUUACGUUGGUGCAGGCGACGGAGAUGUUGAGUCGGACGGAUUUUUCUGAUGGGCAGCGGCAGACGGGGUUGAGGAUAUGUCAUGCUUGUAAGGUUGAUUUUGCGACGAGCGUGGGGAAGGCUAGAGAGGAGGUGUGGGGCCUAUUGCCGGUUUGGUUUGGGUUGAAGGAGGAGGGUGUGCCGCUGAAGGUUGCUUGA